GCACUCAAUGUGUGGCCUAUCCACCCAAACGAGGGUGACUACAUGUACAACACCAUGUUCGAGAUGAACGUUCUCGACCCGAACACCCAGAACUCGCAGAACGCGAACAUCCCCACAGUGCGCACCGUCCCCGUGCUGUUUAACGUCUCGCAGGGCCAGACCGGCUACGGCAGCCGCGCCCUCACGCCUGGUCAGGGCGACGACGCCGCAAACCACUUCUACCUCUGGGAGGGUGACACCACAGGCCUCAAGGUCGCGCGUGCGCCGUGGGCGAGCCGCACGGACACGACGACUUGGGACUACUGGCACGGUGGCGACGGCUGGGUUACAAGCAAGCCCCUGACGUACAACAACGACGCGUACGGCAACGUCCUGAACCUCACCAACCAGAACCUCUUCUUCGGCUGCGAUGUCCGCUGGGUUGAUCGUUUCAACACCUUCAUCAUCACCUUCAGCGGUGCCGCCGGUGCUGACCAGAUGAUCUCCUAUUCUACCUCGGGUGAUGUCACCGGCCCGUACUCGGACCCCGCCAAGCUGUUUACCCCGCAGCUCAAUGCUGGCUGCGCGGGCAGGCAGGGCGCCAUCGAGCUCACGGACUUCCCCCAGAUGCACUGGGACUACUAUGGUCUCACCGCCGACCAGACGCUCGUCAGUUGGGCCUCCUGCGAUGUAUACACCGACCUUGGUGUCGUGACAUGGUCGUAGAGGAGCAGUGUGGUAUUCUGAGAUGAUGAGAGGGGUGUAGCAUUUACUUCGGGCCCGAGAUCAGAAAUACUGUACGAGCUCUCCUUAACUAUAUCAGCAGUGUAGUUUCACGGUUGCCUACACCCCC